AUGUUGGGCAAAAGGAGGUACAUAUCCCGGCCGUCGUCCAAUCCCCUCGACCCCCUCCGUCCUUCGGUCCCGCUGCCCCAGUUCCGCCCGACGGCCAAGCCGAGAACCGUCCCCACGCAUGAGCGCAGAAGAGCGAUCGGACGGCGCGUCGUCGCGCGACGCCGAGAAGCAUGCCUACCGCGCCUCCGCCCCGCGUCCGAGGCGGACCUCGACGUCGACUACAGGGCGCGCUUCCCCAACAUCAACGAGGCCAAGGUCCUCCGCAAAAUCGACGCUCGCGUCGUGCCCGUGCUGUGUGUGCUGUACCUGCUGGCAUUCCUCGACCGGGUAAACAUAUCAAACGCGGCUCUCUUUGGGCUGAAAACAGAUCUGAAGUUGACCGGCACUAAAUAUAACAACGCUCUCGUCGUCUUCUUCGUUCCGUAUGUCCUUGCUGAGAUUCCUUCAAACGCGCUGCUCAAGCACUUCAAGCCACAUGUAUGGCUGCCGCUAUGCAUGUUCCUCUUCGGUCUUGUGUCCGUGUGCCAAGGACUCGUACAAAACUACAGCGGGUUAAUCGCAUGUCGCUUCUUCCUGAGCGGUGUAUUCCCUGCAUGUUUCUACCUCAUCGCGAUGUGGUACAAGCGCGCAGAAGCACAGAAGCGCUACUCGUUCUUCUUCUCGUCAACCACCCUCGCAGGCGGGUUCGGUGGCCUGCUCGCCAGCGCCAUCGGCAAGAUGGACGGCCUAAGGGCUACCAUGGUUGGCGAUGGAUCUUCAUCAUCGGGCGCCGUGACGUGUGUGGUCUCGGUGGUUCUGUACUUCACCAUCUCGGACUUCCCGGAGGAGGUCACAUGGCUGAGUCCGGAAGAAAAGGAGUUCGUGAAGGCGCGCCUGCACGCGGAUGUCGGGCAGUCGAGGAGACAUGACCCGCUGACCGUCCGCUCGGUGCUGAGUGUGUUCAAGGACUUCAAGAUCAUCGUCGGCGGGUUCAUGUACUUCGGCCUCAUCGUCCCCGCCUACGGCUACGCCUACUUCGCCCCCGCCAUCAUCCAAACUCUCGGACACAGCAGCAUCCGCACGCAGCUCCUCUCCGUACCACCCUGGGCCUGCGCCUUCGCGCUCGCGAUGCUCACCGCGGCCGCGUCCGACUAUCUCCGGCACCGCUUCGUGUUCGUGCUCAUCCCCACCGCCAUCGCCCUCACGGGCUUCAUCAUCCUCCUCGUCGUGCACGACAACGCGAAGCUCCAGUACGCGGCGCUCUUCCUCAGCGCGAUGGGCACGUACUCCGCCAUGCCGAUGAUCGUGUGUUGGUUCAACACGAACCUGGGCGGACACCAGCGGCGCGCGGUGGGCACGGCGUGGCAGGUUGGCUUUGGGAACAUCGGCGGCAUCAUCGCCGUGUACGCGUUCCUCUCGAAAGACGCGCCGAAGUACAUCACGGGCUACAGCAUCUGCAUCGCGUUUAUCUGCCUGUCCGUCGUCGCGGACGUGGUCUACUUCAUUAGCCUGGUCGCGGAGAACCGGAAACGCGGGCGCGCGGAGGCACAGGCAAGCGCGGUCCUCCUCACUGCGGAUGAGAAGACAAGGAUGGGGGACCUCAACCCGGACUACCGCUACUUUUUGUAA